AUGGAGCAACGGAGCGUCGAUUCCCCCAGCGCCUACGUGACACGGGUGAACCGUCAUCUGGACGGUGUUGAGUACCAUCUGCGCCACAUGCAACGCCGCGCCAGCGCACGCCUCCCACGUCCUCACGGCACUGGCCCGCUCAGUUUCCACCAGGCACAGUCAGCGACGCGUAGCAGUGCAUCACAGCAGAGGCCAUGGCCGUCCGUCUGGCGUGGACCGAACGGCGGCCCGGGGGCAAGGGAAGAGCCACGAGCGGCAGGUACUUGCCGCACGAAGACCCCUGCCACAUCCACCCUGUCAUCACCCUCAGCGUUACCGCAUCCCAUACAGGCGAGGCGCAAAGGUGCCGUGGUGGUUGCUGCACAAGGUCGCGUUUUAAGGCCGUUGCUGCGGCGUCAACCAUCGCGGUCGUCGAGUGUCGCCAGUUCAUUGCUGAGCUCCAGCUUAUCCACGCUGCUGUCGUCGUCAUCCUCAUCCUCCGCCUCCUCGAGCUCGUUGUCGCCGCGACGGCAGCAGGGAAUGGCAAUAUCGAGCGUCUCUUCUACGUUAACUUCCGCCACGCUUGUCUCCUUUUCUUCCCUUGAGGGGAGUCCGGCAGGUGAGAUCGCGACGAGGUGGCUGCAGUGGCGUAGAGCCGCCUACCAUCUUCUCGCAUCCCACUACGAAAAGUGCCAUACUUUACUGACACACUGGAGGCAGUUGGGACUGCAGCGUCAGGGACGCGCUGUAAACGACCUUAUUGCUGCCUUUAGAGGUGAGGAGCGGAAGGAAAGGCGCAGCCUCACAAGUCCAAGUGAAAGCAGCGAUUCAAUAGACGACAUCAACGACGGCAACCAAGCAUUAGGGACAGUUCCUAAUGACGCUACGCUGCACCCCAUAACGACGAGCACUUAUGCCGAAAUGUUGUUGGAGCGUGAGGCGGAACGCGUGGCGGGGCAGCUCGUAGUGCUGGCGGAGGAGGAGGCCGCAACCAGGCACGCACUUGAGGACGAGGCUCUUCGUGCCGCCGACGGUAUUGGGCGCGCACGGAACCGCAGCGCCAGGGAGGCUGCUGUGCGCGAGAAGAAGAGGCGCAUUGCGGUGCAGGCUGCGUCUGCGGCAUCCGCACGGGCCCACGUCCAGCGCGAGAGCCGUAGAGUAGAGGAGGAAGAGGCAGCCCGGCGGCGUGCCACCGAGCGGGAUGAGGAAGAGAAGUUCACUGAUCUGAUGGAGGCGAUAGACCGAGGCGCCGAAAUGUUGUUGGAGCGUGAGGCGGAACGUGUGGCGAGACCUGGGAGUCCUUUCAAUGUUCCUUUGCCCUCCGUGUUGAUGACGGCUACUGAAGGUGCCUCCGCGUGGAAUGAAAAGGCGACACAGACGCCGCGGAAGCUGCUUAGAGUAAAGGCAACGCAGACUGAAGGAGAAGUAUGCACUGAGCCUGAGCCGGUGGUGCACGUUCAGUCUUCGGCAUCGACGGAGGGAUCACAGUUGACGGGGGGUCGCUGGCGGCAACGUGGCUCUGUCAGGCGUCCAAUACCGGCCGGCGAAUGGCGUAUGGCUGUAGCCGCUGAGGGAAAGUCCGCGGCAGUUGCAAAGGAAGGUGGAGACGGAGCGAGCGGGGCAGUUGUUGCUGGCAGCCCUAUCUCUUCAUGUUGUAGCAAAUCUGUGCAGACGUCUUUUUUGCGAAGCAUCUCCGUGCAGGUCUGUGAUGCGUAUUUAGAGUCACAGCGUCCACGUGAGGCGCUAUCUUGCUUCCAAGCCACUGAACUGCAGCAGGGCGAGGUGUUGUCGCCCCGUCAGUCUGACGGCGGCUCAUCGAAGAGCACAACGUGCACGGGGCCAUCGCUCUUGUCGGGAGCUUCGCGGGCGAGUGGAGGUGCGAAGGGGGACGAGGCAGGUGUCCCCGUCUCCGUUGAGGAGAUUACCUCGCGGGAGCAGGAUGCGGCGCGACGGUCCAAUGAAACUGACUCGCCGCGGCUAGUGGACUCCACCCGUAAGAAGGCGCUGCGCCCGCCAGAGCGACUGGCACGGAGGCGUCACGGUGGGCGUGCUCAGUCCGCCGUGGAGACGCACCGGCUGAAGUACGACAGUUUGGCAAGCGACGAGGAGGAGAAGCGGGCGUUUACCCCGCAUUGGGACCUUGACACCAUUGACUUUGACUGGAGCAUCGACCUGCCUCCGUGCAACACCGCCGUUCGUCGUCUUGUGCACGUGGAGAUGCGGCACCGGCGGCACGUGGAGCGGCAUGAGUUGCUCGCGCGCAACGAGGUGAGGUGGGACGAGCUAAACCGCUACCGUACGUGGGCCCUGUGGCAGGAAGCAGCCGUCGUGGCGGCGGACGCGGCGUGCGAGGCAAGCAAAGACACCAGCGAAGGGAAGGAUGGGGAAGAAGAAGAAGAAAAAAAAGGAGCGGACGCUCAGGGGCGGUUGUUUGCGGCGGAGGCUGUUGUUUUCACUGCCGCCGCCGCGGAGAACGGGGACGAUGAUAAGGAAAAUAUUGUGCCCUGCGCGAACGUUCUGAAACCCGCUGGUGCAGUGCAGCGGGGCCGAUCCACCGCGUGGUGCGUUGACAUGACCGGUGGACCGUCCGGCACUCCGCCGCACCUCCGAGAUCGUCCGUGGGCGGCGAUGCUCACACGACGGAAAUCGCAGAGCUGCGGCGCACACUCUUUUGCUGUGGUACGUCUCCCGCUGUCGAUGCCGCGGGCUUCUCACAGGACACCCAACGUCAGCUCCGUCACGGUUGGGGCGCCAGUGAGGUGGGGCUUGGCGGGUGGUGACAUGCGUGGCGCCCCCCCGCAGCGAGCACCGGAGACUGUCUUCACAAAAAAGUGUGCCGAGCUUCCAGGCUACGCCCAGCAGUAUGAGCGGCGGCUUAUGUGGAAACAGCGCCAGCAACAUGACUCUGGGCUGCCGGAGCCGGAGCCGAUUUAUCGCCGGGCAACCACGUCGUUUUUGGAGUCUGCGGAGUGGCGUUACCAGAAAAUGUAUGUUGACCGCUACUUGUUUGUGAGACGCCGCGAUCGAAGUGCCCGGAAAUGUGCAGACGCCGUCUGCGAAGAGGUGAGUCGAGCGCAGGUAACGUGGGAGCUGCAGCAGAGCUAA